AUGGCAGAUAAAAUUAAGAAUUUCUUUAAAAAGAAGAAAGUGGAAGCUAAAUUUAAGAUGGCUGGUCCUGGACGCAAGCUAACAGAUGACUCAUCUUCAAGAUCAUUGCCUGUGGCUAAUUCUGCUCCAAGUGCCCCUCGUGGUCCAAUGUCUGAUGAAGCCCGUCAGGCAGCUGCUGCUGCAAUGGCAAGGCUUAAUGUAGGGAAGCGCCCUGACCAAGCAGCCUUUCAAACAUCAUUAGCAGCAAUACAAUCUCAGGUCCGUCGAGAAAUGGAGGCUGAGAAGAAAGCAGCACUGACCCCUGAGUCCUCCCAGCAAUCAAUUAAGUCACAAACUCCAGUUGAGUUAGAAGCGAGUCCACUUUUGGCUGUUCAAGGAGUAUACUUCCGCUGUCCCUUGAUAAGCGACGAAGUUCUUUCCAAAGAUGAUUGGCAAGCAAAGAUUCGAGAAUUUUUGUUUGAAAAUCUUGAGUCAGAAAAGGGUCUUACCGCUUGCCUUAUUAUUCACUCUUGCAACAAAGGAAGAGAAAAGGUCAGCAACUGUGUACAAACGCUUCAAAAAUACAUGGAUAAUAUUAUUCAAAAUCCUGAUGAAGAAAAGUAUCGACGUAUUAAGUUAAAUAACAGAGUUUUCCAAGAAAAGGUAGCACCUUUGGAAGGUACCACUGAAUUCCUUGAGGCUGCUGGGUUUGAGAAACAGACACUACCUGUAAACGAUACAGAGGAAACAUUUUAUGUUUUUUAUGAGGCAACACCAGAGACCUUAGAAAACUUGCAGAUGCUUUAUGAUGCUUUGGGAAGUGCUGAACCUGUACAAUUAGAGCUUGAUCGCAAUCUACAAGUGCUCUAUCCCUCACAAGCAUCCAAACGUGUUGAACUGCCCCCUGUUUUCUUCAAUAUAAGCGCUGAGGAAUUGAAGAGAGAGCAACAGAUUAGGUCAGAAGGUAUUGAGCGUAGUAUGAUGUUGAGAACCAAAGCUAUGAGAGAGAAAGAAGAACUGAGAGAAAUGAGAAAAUAUCGGUUUGCUCUGAUAAGAGUUCGAUUCCCUGAUGGUAUAUUGCUUCAGGGUACAUUUGGAGUGCAUGAAAAAGUUGAAAAUAUUGUAAGUUUUGUCCGUGAGAAUAUAGAAGAUGAAAAUUUGAAUUUCUGGCUUACAACACCUACUGGCCACAAGCUAACUACUGAGGAUGAGCAGAGUUCUUUAGUUGAUCUUCGGCUAGUUCCUGCAACUAUUCUUAUCUUCUCAGCUGAUUCUGAAGGCCCUUCGGACAGAAACAAAAUGUACUUGAAGGGAGAAGUUAUGGUACUUGUGCAACCAGUCAGUUGACUUGUCUUCUUUUUAUUUUUCAGUCCCAGUGCCUGUUGUCUUAUGUAUUUAUUAUACUGAAAUGUAUUUUAAAUGAUUUGUUAUGGGUCAGUCAAGAUAUGUUGCAUCUAGUUUUCAGGGUAUAACUUAUUGUUUUUGAAAAAUCUAGCUAUUUAGCAAAGCAGUUACUACUGUUGUCGACUUUGUCUUAUCAUCAAAUUUGUGAUAUUUUUGUUUGUUUGUAAUAGUCCACAAUUAAUUUUUGUUUUAAAAGUCUGAUACAAUUGAUGUGAGGUUUCCAGAAGAACGUUAAUUUUUGUGUCAAUUUUAAGAGCAUAAUCUUCAUUUUUGCAUUUACAAACCUUCAUCAAAUUUUCUAAUGCACACUUGAAAAUAAUAAUAUAUGGGAUUAGGGAAGUCUCAGUGCCAAUCCUCAGCAUUUUUUGGUCAUCUGUCUGUAUUGUGUUACAUGCACAUGUUCAAUGGGAACUGCUCUGAUUUGUUUUAAACUUUUUAAUUCUACUCUUGUGUAUCCUUGGUAGACAACUUUUUUAUCAAGGAAAAUAAAAGUAAUAAUUUGAGUAGCACAUUAAUUUUGCUUCAUUCCUUUAUUAUCAACUACUUAGUCUUUGGCCAUUUGCCUCCUAAAAGUAAUGUCCUUUCUUAGAUUUUUGCUAUAAUUUCAUCAUAUUUUGCUUGCAUGUAGCAGCUAAUGAACUGAAGAAAUCAACUAUUAAGUACUUGUACACGCUUAGGCUAGAUUGGUUUUGAAAAUAAAUAAAUAUUUGACGACAACUUG